UUUCGAAUCAGGCUGGCUGGCUCGCAUUUGUGUGUGUGUGUGUAAUGUGAAACGCACAUGAGAUUUUUCUACAUCUAUUGUGUUGUUUCACAUGCAUGUUGACUAGUUUUCAAAAUUAUUGCAUAAAAUUUGUUCGAACUUCAACAAUUCGGAACAUUUGGAAUUUCCCACAAAUUUGUUUCUCUUCAUCGUAUCCAUACCGUCGAACCCAAAGCCCGUUUGUUGCAAGCAAUAAAGUUUAGAAAGUGUUGUGUAUGUGUGUAAAAAAAUCAAAUGAGAAGAACGAUUUGAUAAGAUUUCAAAAGUGUAAAGCAAUAUUUGGUGUAUCUUGCGUCAUCUAAAGUGCGAAAAAAAAAAUUUAUAUUUGACUUUCGCCAGCCCCGUGUGUGAUUCAUCAAGGAAGUGCAUUGAACAAUGUUCCAUUGAAUAAUUGUGACAAGGUUGGAAAACGUUGGAAAAAUUAUAAAAUCCAAAAACAGAAUUCACGAAAGGAUGCAGCAAUUGAUGUGCCGCCAAACAUAGCAAAGUAGUGUUUUUGCCGUGAAAUCAGACAGUUAAUGGGCAUUCACAGUUCAAGUGGACAAACAGUCAGCUGGUCGAAGUCAUUCACUGUGUUGUUUGCAUAGCAUCGCAUGCACCAUACAAUUCACACUAUCGAAGCAGUGUUCUACUUGCUCGCAAUUCAAACGAAUACGCACUGAGUUUUCUUUAUUCGAAUUUUUUGUGUGCCGAGGAUUUGAAAACACUUUCAAAUGAUAUAAUGCCGGAACUAAAUUCAAAUUCGGUUUGCAUCAAUGUGGAUGCCGUCGAGUUGUUAGUGCUCAAAUCAUACAGUGAAUUGAUAGUGAGUAGUAAAGUGGACGAUUUAGAAAAAACUAUAUCAUAAAUGAAUCGAUAAUCAUCACAUACACAAAGUCAAAACCAAAUUUAUUGAAAUAAAGAAAGAAUUUUAUUUCUUUUGCCGCGUAAACUUAUUGUGAUAUUCAAAAAAGGAAAAUUCGACGGAAAUCAACACGAUAAAUCCCAUUCGAGUUUUGUGAACUAAACGGAAACGAGAGGCGAGAGAAAUUUAUUUAUAGAGAAAUUUACAAUUCGAUUUUAUUACAAAAAUCAAAUGCUGAUUGCAAAAUCAGUGGAAAAUACAUCAGAAAAUGGCUGCAAUGAAAACGAACGGUACAACGCGGAAAACUAACGUUUUUUCCCACAUUCGAUACGAGCACAUGGUUGCUGGUUUCUCCGGUGGCGUUACAUCCACACUCAUCUUGCAUCCACUGGAUUUGAUCAAAAUUCGAUUUGCUGUGAACGAUGGUCGAACCACAACAAUACCGCAAUAUCGUGGCCUUGCUAGUGCUUUUAUCACCAUUUUUCGACAGGAGGGUCUGAGUGGACUUUACAAAGGUGUCACACCGAAUGUGUGCGGCUCGGGCAGCGCAUGGGGUUUUUACUUUCUAUUUUAUAACUCCAUCAAAACUUGGAUACAAAAAGGUAAUACAACGACACCGCUGGGUCCAACGAUGCAUAUGAUGGCGGCGGCUGAGGCGGGCGUCUUAACGCUGGUGAUGACAAAUCCAAUUUGGGUGGUAAAAACACGUCUGUGUCUGCAGUACGGCCGAGAAAGCGAUGGUUCACCACAAACACGGUACAAGGGAAUGAUCGAUGCAUUGACCAAAAUCUAUCGUCACGAAGGCAUUCGGGGACUGUAUCGGGGUUUCAUUCCUGGCAUGUUCGGCGUUAGUCAUGGUGCUAUUCAAUUUAUGACGUACGAGGAAAUGAAAAACAAAUUCAAUCAGUAUCGAAACGUUCCAAUUGAUACGAAAAUGGGAACGAUGGAGUAUUUAGCAUUCGCAGCGAUAUCAAAAUUGAUUGCAGCUGCUGUAACAUAUCCAUAUCAGGUGGUGAGGGCGCGUAUGCAAGACCAUCAUCAUACUUAUGCGGGCACAUGGGAUUGCGUCAAACAGACAUGGAGAUACGAAAGUUGGCGCGGUUUCUAUAAAGGAUUUGGCGUAAAUAUUUUACGAGUCAUACCGGCCACAGUCAUUACAUUUAUUACCUAUGAGAAUGUCUCGCAUUACCUAUUGAAGAAAUCGUAGUAGCGAGACUAGCGUAGGCACAUCACAUGACUACCCGCAAAACACACACAAACACAGAACAAACACGAUUAAAUGUUCUAGUAGUCAACGGUUGCCGUUGUUUUUGUUUUUAUUUAGCUACAAACCAAAACUUGAAUAAAAAGACCAUAUGCAUUUUUGAAAACACGACCAACUAUCAGCCCAUUCAUUUUCAUUGAGUUCACUAGUUUGAUUUUUCGACGCUUUUCAGAAUCAGUCCUAAAUUUUUCGAAUCGUUUUCCAAAGGCUUCGUUGAGAUUCACAACUUGAGAAAAUGACUUCACUCUUUCCACCUCAUGCUUUCUGCUCAAGAAUUUUUUUUCCGCUUUUCUAGGGAAUUCAAAGAAAACGGUUAAGCGGGAGAGGAAUUAGGAUGCAAAUGAAAUGCAUAUGUUUAAAAAAACAGCAACUUUUAUCAGUUAUACGAAAGACGCAACCAAUUUGCAACAACCCUAAAACUUCAGUCCCAAUUUUCAGAACUGUUGUAAAACUUGAUAUCCUUUGACCAUCUUUUAAGUCGUAGUAAACAUACUCAUUUAUUUCUUUCAUAACAAAAUCCAUGAAACAUACACUACUCACAAUCCCAUCUGUAGAUACAUGUUUUCCUCGAAAGAUAGUUUUAAGGCCAGAAUGUUGAUAAGUCUUUUAACAAUUUUACCUAAAUUAUUACGCUGUAUUUGCAUGACAAGUUGCCAUCUUAAAGAACUUAGACAAAAUAAACUGUAUAAGAACCACUGUGUCAGUUUAACAAAA